AUGGCUCGCGUCGAGCGCAUCGUAUUUCUUUCGCUUGUCUUGGACCUCUUUGCGUUCACCAUCCCGCUUCCCCUCUUCCCUCGCAUCAUCGAGUGGUACACCAAGAGAGAGUCAUCGGACGCAAAUGGCUUUCUCUCGCGUACCCUUGGCUUCGUGUCUGCCACUAGAUCCUUAUUCUACGCGGCAUCCGGCCAGCACUCACAGAAAUGGGACGUGGUCCUGCUUGGAGGUAUGAUGGGCUCUGUCUUCUCCACCCUUCAAUUCAUCGUAUCACCCAUCAUUGGCUCGCUUUCUGACAAGUAUGGGCGGAAGCGUAUCCUUCUACUCACAAUGGUCGGCAAUAUACUCUCUGCCGCCGUCUGGGUGAAGAGCACCACAUUCGCCACCUAUAUGCUGUCGCGUGUAAUUGGUGGCCUCAGCGAAGGCAAUGUCCAGUUGGCGAUCGCCAUCCUCUCCGACAUAACCACUUUAGACAACCGCUCGAAAGCUCUUGCUCACGUCGGCAUAGCAUUUGCCAUUUGCUUCAUCAUCGGUCCACCCAUCGGCGCAUAUUUUGCAUCACGCCCAGUCGCUCUCGGACAGUCUCUGGGCAUAGAACUCAAUGUCUAUGCCGCGCCGGCGCUCCUGACGUUCGUUCUGCUUGUUGCGGAGACCGUGUUCCUACUCGUCGCCCUUCCCGAGACGCGCGGCAAGGCGGCCAUUUCAGAGAAGUCUGGUGUCCAAACCAAUGCGGUUCACGGUCACAUGGCGAACGGGAAGACCGCGUCUAAGACCAGUUCGCGCGCGAAUACGGUCGAGAAGCGCAUCCAGCUGCUAAGAAGUCUACAACGCCUACACUUUCUCUUCUUGGGUGUGUUCUCUGGUGCGGAGUUCACCCUGACAUUCCUGACGUUUGAUCUCUUUGAUUGGAAUAACACGCAGAACGGCAAGCUCAUCGGCUCAAUUGGUAUCAUCAGCGCGUUGCUCCAGGGCGGUUAUGUCCGGCGCUCGCUUACCCGGGUAGGCGAGUUGAACAUGGCGAGGCAUGGUGUGCUCUCCUGCGCGCUCGGUCUCGUCGCGCUCUCCGCUCUAUCCUCGGCGGCGCCUCAUACCGCCUUCCGUUUACUGCAACUUGCCGCAGUGUGCCUCGCGUUCACUAGCGCUACGGUCGUAAACAGUCUGACGGCGCAUGCAUCUCUACAAUGCGACGAGGGAGUCGACGCGGACUCGGGCAAACCGACCGAGGCCGUACCUGCUCUUGCAAAGGGCAAGGCGCUGGGCAAAUUCAGGUCGGCGGGGCAACUUGGGCGGGCGAUCGGACCUUUGCUAGCUUGCGGUGCCUACUGGACCUUCGGUCCGGCGAAAACGUACGCUACACUAUCGAUUGUGUCGGAGCAUCGCUUGUAUAAACUCCUUGUAUCGCUCCUUGAGACAUGCCUGGGGUAUCUUCGGUUUCCAAUUAACAAGGGUCUGGGGAUAAUGUUCUAG